GCGGCGGUUGUCGGAGCACGCAACCACACACUUGCCGCCGACCACCUCGGUGAACUCGUCGAGCGAGACCUCGCACUUCCGCGUCACUGCGUCGAGGGCAGUGCCGUCACCGCAGACGCCGGUGGGCGAUGCGGGCGGCGGCGACGGCGAGGCGGACGGAGGCGGCGGCGACGGCGAGGCGGAGGGAGGCGGCGGCGACGGCGACGCGGACGGUGGCGGCGGCGACGGCGAGGCGGACGGAGGCGGCGGCGACGGCGAGGCGGAGGGAGGCGGCGGCGACGGCGAGGCGGACGGCGGCGGGGGCGAGGGCGAUGCCGAGGGAGGCGGCGGCGACGGCGACACGGACGGCGGCGGCGGCGACGGCGACGCGGACGGUGGCGGCGGCGACGGCGAGGCGGACGGAGGCGGCGGCGACGGCGACGCGGAGGGAGGCGGCGGCGACGGCGAGGCGGACGGAGGCGGAGGCGACGGCGAGUCGGAGGGAGGCGGCGGCGACGGCGGUGCGGAGGGAGGCGGCGGCGACGGCGACGCGGAGGGAGGCGGCGGCGACGGCGACGCGGAGGGAGGCGGCGGCGACGGCGAGGCGGAGGGAGGCGGCGGAGACGGCGAGGCGGACGGAGGCGGCGGCGAGGGCGAGGCGGACGGAGGCGGCGGCGACGGCGACGCGGACGAUGGCGGCGGCGAUGGCGAGGCGGAGGGAGGCGGCGGCGAGGGCGAGGCGGACGGUGGCGGCGGCGACGGCGAGGUGGAGGGAGGCGGCGGCGAGGGCGAGGCGGAGGGAGGCGGCGGCGGCGGCGACGCGGACGAUGGCGGCGGAGAUGGCCAGGCGGAGGGAGGCGGCGGCGAGGGCGAGGCGGAGGGAGGCGGCGGCGACGGUGAGGUCGAGGGAGGCGGCGGCGGGGGCGACGCGGACGAUGGCGGCGGAGAUGGCGAGGCGGACGGUGGCGGGGGCGACGGUGAGGUGAAGGGAGGCGGCGGCGAGGGCGAGGCGGAGGGAGGCGGCGGCGGGGGCGACGCGGACGAUGGCGGCGGAGAUGGCGAGGCGGAGGGAGGCGGCGGCGAGGGCGAGGCGGACGACGGCGGCGGCGACGGCGAGGCGGAUGGAGGCGGCGGCGACGGUGAGGUGAAGGGAGGCGGUGGUGACGGUGAGGUCGAGGGAGGCGGCGGCGAGGGCGAGGCGGAGGGAGGCGGCGGCGGGGGCGACGCGGACGGUGGCGGGGGCGACG